AUGAGCAACCAGGCACUUUAUGAAAAACUCGAACAAACAAGAACGAUCCUGUCAGUAAAACUGGCAGAAUUGAUAAAUAUGACUACGAUAGCUGAUAGGAAUGAUGACGACGAAGAUUCAUUUGCACAAGAGAACUCCGAGCUCGCAAUAGCCACGACCAGUGUGAUGAUGGUAAAUAAUCAAACCAUGCAAUUGAUCAAAAACGUGCAAGACUUGUUGAGCCUGACUAGAUCCAUUAAAGAAAAGUGGUUACUGAACCAAAUACCUGUUAUGGAGCAUUCAGAGAGUGCUCGCUUUGACGAGAAACAGGUAGAAAAUUUAUUGGAUAAGUGUAUAGAAGAGUUUGUAGCGGAACAAACCACAUAA